CAUUUGUUUCACAGAGGAGAGAACAGCUUCAGAAAUAGCCUACAAUGGUGGUCGCUAGAACUCUGUUUUCAGUCUCAGCAAUUCUGAUCAUAAUUAUAACACUCUUUGUCCAUGUAAAUGCAGUUCAAGAAACAGGGGAAUUGAAAACUGAGAGUUCAAGAAAUACAUUAUUGGCGGAUUAUGAAUCGCAUGAACACGCCGUUAAAGACCCAGAAGGAAUAGCCGCCAUGAUCGAUAUAUGCUUGUGUAUGACGUUGUCGAUAAUGGUAAUUUGGAGCAAUGUAUCUAUCAUCUAAACAGCAACUCAUAGGAAAAAGGGAAAAAUAAGGUCCAAACUCCAACAGAGGAGAAAGACACUCCAAAUUUUAUUAUCUGGCUAUAAGCUCUCAUUUCCAUUCCUUAUUUAAUUUAACUUUGUAUUUUUUUUUGUGGCACUAGCAGUAAUUUUACAAAUUAAGCUCAAUUCAUCAACAAUUUUUGUAA